CGACGGAAGUGAACGCCGCACACUUUCCCUCCUCUGACCUAUGACAGUUCCGCUCCCUCCCGUCACAAACACGGAAGCAGCAUGGCGUCCAACGGCGGUAACAGCAGCGGCUCCGACAGGCAACGAAUUGCACAGCAGAGAUUGAGGAUAAUUGCUGGCCACUUACAAGCACCUUUGGACGGCGGUUCCGCCAUUGUCGCCGCCGAGUGCAAAGCUGACGUCUCCCGGGAGGAGAAGACGAUGCCGAAGAGGAGGCAGGAUAUUAUGAAAUGGAACGGUUGGGGAUACAGUGAUUCCAGGUUCCUCUUCAAUAAGAAAGGUCAAGCAGAAUUUACUGGUAAAAGAUACAGAUUAAGUGGUUUGAUCAUCCCCGGUCUGAAAGACUGGUUUGAAAGCACGUUUGGAGCCAGUCUGCAGCACAAAACUCCAGCAACACCCAUUCUGAACAGCAACGCCAUCCAAGCUCCCAUCCUUAACAAGGCCUUUGUGGAUGAUCUGAAGUCCGCCGAUAUUGCCUUCUCACACGAUGCAGAAGACCGGGUGUUCCGCAGCCACGGACAUUGCUUACAUGAGAUCUUCGCCCUGCGAGAAGGCAGAUUUGGUCGCGUUCCAGACAUGGUGGUGUGGCCCAACUGCCACGACGAUGUCGUAAAAAUUGUGGAACUGGCGUGUAAACACAACGUUUGUUUAAUACCAUAUGGAGGUGGGACAAGCGUUUCCAGUGCUCUUGAGUGCCCCCAAGAGGAAUCUCGCUGUAUUGUCUCUCUGGAUACGUCACAGAUGAACCGCAUCCUAUGGAUUGACGAGAAAAAUCUGACCGCCCACGUGGAAGCUGGCAUCAUUGGCCAGGAUUUGGAGCGUCAGCUUAAUGAAAGCGGCUACUGCACAGGCCAUGAGCCGGACUCCAUGGAGUUCAGCUCUGUGGGGGGCUGGGUAGCAACCAGAGCAUCAGGCAUGAAGAAGAACAUCUAUGGCAACAUUGAGGACUUGGUGGUACACAUUAAGAUGGUGACUCCAUGCGGGGUGAUUGAGAAGAGCUGCCAGGGCCCGCGCAUGUCCACGGGGCCGGACGUUCACCACUUUAUCAUGGGAUCGGAAGGAACACUGGGCGUGGUCACUGAGGUCACAAUGAAGAUUCGGCCCAUGCCGGAGUAUCAGAAGUACGGCUCUGUGGUGUUCCCUAACUUUGAGCAGGGAGUUGCAUGUCUUCGAGAAGUUGCCAAACAGAGAUGUGCUCCUGCAUCUAUCCGACUUAUGGAUAAUGAGCAAUUUAAAUUUGGUCACGCCCUCAAGCCUCAGGUGUCGUCACUUUUCACCUCCUUUCUGGACGGCCUGAAGAAACUGUACAUCACCAAGUUCAAAGGCUUCGACCAGGACCGCUUGUGCGUGGCCACCCUGCUGUUUGAGGGAGAUCGAGAGAAGGUCCUCCAGCACGAGAAGCAAGUUUAUGACAUCGCCGCCAAAUUUGGCGGCCUGGCAGCCGGAGAGGACAAUGGGCAGAGGGGCUACAUGUUGACCUUUGUCAUCGCUUACCUCCGGGACUUGGGAAUGGACUACUAUGUGAUCGGGGAGUCCUUUGAGACCUCGGUACCCUGGGACAGGGUUUUGGAUAUUUGCCGCAACGUAAAAGCUCGCAUCAUCAGGGAGUGUAAAGACAAAGGAGUCCAGUUUCCUCCAUUUUCCACUUGCAGGGUGACUCAAACCUAUGACUGCGGUGCCUGCGUCUACUUUUACUUUGCCUUCAACUACAGGGGUCUCUCCGAUCCGGUGCACGUACAUGAACAAGUGGAGCAUGCAGCUCGAGAGGAGAUCCUCGCCAAUGGAGGCAGCUUAUCACAUCACCAUGGAGUGGGGAAGCUUCGCAAGGAGUGGAUGAGGGAGACCAUCUCCAAGGUGGGCUUGGGGAUGCUCCAGUCUGUCAAGGACUACGUGGACCCCGGGAACAUCUUCGGCAACAGGAACCUCCUCUAAACUCAUCUCCACGCAUCAGACCGCCUGCUAAGAGAUUCUGCAAGUGAUGGCGUGGUGUGGUGUCAUCUUUUGUGUCAUCGGGUGCCAUUGUUUCCUCUCGCACUUAAAUCACCGUCACUGAAGCUCUGUGCCUUUCUAAAGCUCUGUCUGCCUUCCCCUUCCUCGCCGUGUGUGCAAACAUCACCUCCGUGUGCGUCCCAACUAAUGUGCUGCCAUAAUAAAGACUCACGUUUGUUCCUUGUGUGUGUUUUGGACCCGACGGUCCUACAGUGUGUUACUGACACGCAAGAGGUGCGGGUUUCUUUUGUUGUUUUUGUAACCCCCCGCCUCUUUUAGCGCGGCCAUGUUACUCGUGCGUGACGUCGCUCUUGUAGAACCAAAGACUGUAACAAACGCGACCAUGCAAACGACUUCACCGAAUUUCUCUGUAAUCAGCAUUAUGCAAAUGGAGGCCCCUUUGUGUGGAAUAUGCACACUUUGGAUGCAAGAAUCGUGUUUGUGUUGCAUUGUUUCUUCUAAUUGGACCGAUGGCUUCCUCUUCUUUUCUUCCUUUGCUAUCCAAUAUAACAUCUGGAUGGUCGAUUCUGCUUCUACAGACAUAAUAGUGCUGUUUUUUUUGUUUUUUUUAAGGAAUUUAUUAAUUUCUAAGUAAAACAUGUAUCUCUACUUGUGUUCAUUUGGAUGUUUUUUUAAAGAAUAUAUUUCAUUUUUCCAUUCUGGCCUUUAAAAAACAUGUAAUUCCACCUAGUCAAUUUGGAAUUUUUAUACAAGGAAUUUAUUGAACCAGAUGAUUCUGUCCCAAUGCAUCACCAGUUAUGUUUAUUUAGGAAAAUAAUAAUUUAUUUAACUACUCCAAUUGUGUUUUUUAAUAGAAGGAAAUCAUUUAGCUAAUCCAUUCUGGGCUAUGAACAAAUUUUUUUUAUUUUUUAUUUUUGCAAUGUAUUUACCUAUUUGAUUCUUGUGCAUGUAUGUCCAAUUUUGCUCAUUUUUAUAUUUACAUUUGAAGUCAAAAUGAUUCCCUCUUCAAUGUCAAUUCUACAAAGUUGCACACAGCUAAACGUCAAUUACAGUGGGGGUGAAAUAAUUUGGGGUGCAUAACUUGGACAUAGGGUUUUUUGGGGGGUGAAUAAUGACUGUGUAUUGCUGUGUUCCAAAGUGGCGUUUUGUUGAAGCAGUUGCUAGUAUUUUGUCCCUGUUACAUAGAAUAUACAAUACAAUACAAUAAGCGUACUGCCAUUGUCCAGUGAAAAGUACCGUCUAUCUUUAUCAUGGCGGAAUUGAUGUGUUGAAUCAUGGUUGUGUGCGAGUGUACCACCUUUAAUCUCCUGCCUUCUUACUGACCACCAGGUCCUUUUCGAUCAGUUCUUUGUUUUUUUUGAAACGUGUGCUUUUGGACCGUAUCGGGAAUUCCCUUUUGCUAUUCUCUCAAGGUAAUACGAUAACAUUGCAGUUGUGUUUUGUCAACGCCCUUUGUGCAAUAAA